CCAGAGCAGCGAGCUUCGGUUGCGCGGGGGGCAGGUUAGUGUGAGCGGCGCAGUUCUCCAGCGGAGGGUGAUGGUUGUGGAGUGAGCGGCUGCGGGGAGCCCUGGAUUGUUCCUUGUGGGGAGGGGGGAGAGAGGCGCCUGGAGCAGCUCGUGCCCAGCUGUGCCAUGUGGCCCCCGGAGCAAUGGACCGGUCCCCUGGUGCCGCUGCAGUAAUGGGCAGCGGCGCUAGCCCUGCCUGGUGCCCGCUCCAGCCUGGCCGGCAUUAACUGGGCGAGGAGCCGCAGGAAGUCUGGCAGUCUGCACAUCACCCAGCGCAUGAGAAGGAAUGACGACUCCAUGAGGGAACUUCUUUUCAAUCACUCAUUCACCCAGUCAUGUUUCAUGAUGCUCCCAGCCAAUAACGUGCCAUUCACCUAGACUGGGAUUUACCCUGUGAAAGGGAGAGAUAGAACAUGAGUCCUAAACAUAACCUCAAGCUCUUCCUUGUGCAUCAUUUUUGGUGUAUUUAUGUGUAGAACCCUGAGCAUUGGGCACAUGCACUGUUAAACCUGCUUUGCUAGAUCCAAGAGCUGCAGCUGUGUGUUGGACUCUGAUAUUUUCUCAUCAUUAUGGCUUCAGUUUGGAAAAGACUGCAACGUGUUGGGAAACAUGCAUCCAAGUUCCAGUUUGUGGCUUCUUACCAGGAGCUGAUGGUCGAGUGCACCAAGAAAUGGCAACCAGAUAAACUGGUGGUGGUUUGGACAAGAAGAAGCCGAAGGAAGUCUUCUAAGGCCCAUAGCUGGCAACCUGGAAUUAAAAAUCCAUACCGUGGUGUGGUGGUGUGGCCUGUUCCUGAAAACAUUGAAAUCACUGUGACACUUUUUAAGGAUCCCCAUGCUGAAGAAUUUGAAGACAAAGAGUGGACAUUUGUCAUAGAGAAUGAAUCACCUUCUGGACGCAGAAAAGCACUUGCCACCAGCAGCAUCAACAUGAAGCAAUAUGCAAGCCCCAUGCCUACACAGACCGAUGUCAAGCUAAAAUUCAAGCCUUUGUCUAAGAAAGUUGUAUCUGCCACCCUUCAGUUCUCAUUAUCGUGUAUUUUCCUGAGGGAAGGAAAAGCUACAGAUGAAGACAUGCAAAGCCUGGCUAGUUUGAUGAGUAUGAAGCAAGCCGACAUUGGAAAUUUAGAUGAUUUUGAGGAAGACAAUGAAGAAGAUGAAGAGAACAGAGUGAAUCAGGAGGAAAAGGCUGCAAAAAUUACAGAAAUUGUAAACCAGUUGAAUGCUCUGAGCAGCUUAGAUGAAGAUCAAGAUGACUGCAUAAAGCAAGCAAAUAUGCCUUCAGCUAAAUCAGCCAGUUCCUCUGAAGAGCUUAUCAACAAGCUUAAUUUUUUGGAUGAAGAGGAGCAAGACUUGGCCAAUUCCAGUUCAAAUCCAUUUGAAGAUCAUGAUGCAGCAGAAUUAAACCCAUUUGAAGAUCCUGAUGCAGAAGACCACGAUACUGAAACAGCUUCAUCUUCAAAACCAGAAGACUCUUACUAUAGCGAUAAUUAUAAUCCCUUUAAAGAGGAAGGUGCUCCACAGUACCUGAACCCAUUUGAUGAGCCAGAUCCUGAACCUGAAAUGUUUGUAACUCUCAAAGAUUUUCCUCCACAACCUGCAAAAAGGAAAAAUGUAAGACCGGUGGACAUGAGUAAAUACCUCUAUGCAGAUACUUCUAAAACUGAAGAGGAAGAGUUAGAUGAACAGCUCAACAAGGUUGUCAGCAAAAUUAGAACAAUUGACAGAUCAAAUCCAUUUUAUGAACCAAAAUCAAGCCCUGCUUUAAAUAUUCAAGUUACUCCACUGCAAGAAGCAGAAAAGAUGAAAAAAAAGGCUCCUGCGCCACCAGUCUUCUCACCAAAGACAGAGACAAGAAUGAGUGAGAAUAUGUCAGCUGUUCCUGCAGUGAAGGAGCUUUCUUCUUCUCCUAAGUGCACGAGGGGAAAGAAGGUACAGGGAACAUCUCUUCUCCCAAGCAUAAAGCCAAGCCCAGUAUCAAGUCCUGUUUUGGGGAGAAAGCCAAAUGCUAGUCAGUCACUGCUAGUAUGGUGCAAAGAAGUUACAAAAAACUAUAGAGGAGUGAAAAUCACCAAUUUUACUACAUCAUGGAGAAAUGGUUUAUCUUUCUGUGCAAUAUUACACCACUUUAGGCCAGAUUUAAUUGACUACAAGUCCUUGAAUCCUCAAGAUAUUAAAGAGAACAACAAAAAGGCAUAUGAUGGGUUUGCCAGUAUAGGAAUAUCUCGAUUGCUGGAACCUUCUGACAUGGUUUUGUUAGCAAUUCCUGACAAACUGACCGUUAUGACUUACCUCUAUCAAAUAAGGGCACAUUUCAGUGGCCAAGAACUAAAUGUGGUUCAGAUAGAGGAGAACAGUAGUAAAAGCACGUAUAAAGUAGGUAACUAUGAAACGGACACAAACAGUUCUGUCGAUCAGGAAAAGUUCUAUGCAGAGCUUAAUGAUCUGAACCGAGAGCCUGAACUGCACCAGCCUGAAAGUGGUUUGGCAGACUUCGUUUCACAGGAUGACUCUGUAUUUGUAAAUGACAGUGGUGUUGGAGAAUCAGAAAGUGAGCAUCAGACACCUGAUGACCAUUUAAGCCCAAGCACAGCUUCCCCUUCUUCUCGCAGGACUCGAAGUGACACUGAUCCACAGAAAUCCCAGCAGAGCUCUGGAGGGACUUCUGGAUCUGAAGAGGCCAGGAAAUGCAGCAGUGCAGAUACAGCACAGCCACAGCCUUUGCUGGGAAGGAAGAAACUGCUGAAAGUGGACACUUUGGACUUGAGUGACUUGCCACAUGUCAGUGAUCAAAAAAAGGAUGAAUCUCCAACCGUUGUUUAUGAAGAUGCUGACAAGAAAAGACACCAGAGUUCAGACAGUACCCUUAGUUUCUCAGAGCAAGAAAAACUGCGACAUACAGGAUCCACAGAAAGCAGGAGAUCAGAUCCUUGCUCACCUGUCAAAAAAAACAGUGUAUCUCCCACUUCUGAAGUUGGAUACUCUUAUAACAAGGAUACAGAUCUUACAAAGAAAAAACCUGCUUCUCUGAAGCCAACAGAGACCGAUUCUGACACUGACACCAGAACGGUUAUAAAUCACACAGAUCAAACUGCAAAAACUGCACAGCAACGAAUAUUGUCAAGACAAGAAGAACUUAAAGAACGAGCAAGAGUUCUUCUUGAGCAAGCAAGAAGAGAUGCAGCUUUAAAGGCAGGGAAUAAACCUAUAACCAGUACUAUCAUUCCAGCCCACGCUAAGCAGCUGAGCGAUCAGCAAGAUGAAGAGCGACGUCGGCAGCUGAGAGAGAGAGCUCGUCAACUAAUAGCAGAAGCUCGAUCUGGAGUGAAGAUGUCAGAACUUCCUGCCUACACUGAAAUGGCUGCAGAAAAGUUGAAAGAAAAGUCAAAGGCGUCUGGAGAUGAGGAUCAUAAUACUGAGAUAAAUACUAAUGAGGAGAUUCCUGAAUGCUCUAUUACAGAAGGUGGAGAUGAACUUACUAACCUAGAAAAUGACCUUGAUUCUACUGCAGAACAAAACAGUAAGUUGGUGGAUUUGAAGCUGAGGAAGCUCCUAGAAGCUCAGCCACAGGUGGCAAAUUCACUCUCCAGUGCUGCUCAGAAAGCUGUAACUGAGUGCUCAGAGCAAGACAUUAAGAAUGGAACAGAAGAAUAUCGUGCUGAGCGAUUACAAAAAGCAACAGAACGUUUUAGAAAUCCUGUUGUGUUCAGCAAGGACUCUACAGUCAGAAAAACUCAGCUCCAGUCUUUCAGUCAAUAUGUUGAGAACCGACCAGAGAUGAAAAGGCAAAGAUCAGUACAGGAAGAUACAAAGAGAAGAAAUGAGGAGAAGGCAGCGAUAACUGAAACUCAGAGGAAGCCAUCAGAAGAUGAAGUGCUUAAUAAAGGGUUCAAAGACACCAGUCAGUAUGUUGUAGGAGAAUUGGCAGCACUAGAGAAUGAGCAAAAGCAAAUUGACACCCGUGCCGCGCUGGUGGAGAAGCGCCUUCGCUAUCUCAUGGACACAGGAAGGAACACAGAAGAAGAAGAAGCUAUGAUGCAGGAAUGGUUCAUGUUGGUUAAUAAGAAAAAUGCCUUAAUAAGAAGAAUGAAUCAGCUCUCUCUUCUGGAAAAAGAACAUGACCUAGAAAGGAGAUACGAACUGCUGAACCGAGAGCUAAGAGCAAUGCUUGCUAUCGAAGAUUGGCAAAAGAAUGAAGCCCAGAAAAGGCGAGAGCAACUUUUGCUGGAUGAACUUGUAAUUCUCGUUAAUAAACGUGAUGCCCUGGUCAGAGAUUUGGAUGCCCAAGAAAAACAGGCCGAAGAAGAAGAUGAACAUUUGGAAAGAACUCUUGAACAAAACAAAGGGAAGAUGGCAAAGAAAGAAGAGAAAUGUGUCCUUCAGUGAUUGGCCUUCCUGGAGCAGAUGCAGUUGCAUUUUGUAGUCCAGACCUUUCUUACAUUUUUAAAAUACUGACCCCAAGACUGAAAAAAAAAACGAUAUUACCAUUCAAUAUUUCAAACAAAAUUAAAACAUUUGCCCUUUUGAUAGGCCAGAUCUAUACUGCAUUGUUUUUUGGAUUUCUUAUUUUUUUCCACUCAAGCAAUAUUGUCCCAAACUAGCUUUGUAUUAUGAUUUAUUUGUGAGCUUAGUCAUCAUGUUGAAAUUCUGUUAAAUACAUUUGCACAGAAACAUUGUUGUGGUGGUGAUAUCAGAAAUAUUUAAGAGAAAAAAAUCUGUCUGGAUUUCUUUAGCUGGAGGAAGAAUGAAUUCUGAAAUAAAUAUGUUUUUGUUGUAAUAGAAUUAUAGAGGGAAAAAUAGAAAACAAAAAUCAUUCUGAAUGGUUUCAUCUAGUCCUGCCAUAUGUAAUACUUAAUAAGCUAUCUAAAUUUUAUAGUUACAUCAGAUUCAAUCCAGUUAUUAAAAUGUGCUAUAUUUACCAGUGUUUAUUUCAGCAGCGUUUUACAUUUUAUUGUAUGUAUAAUAUAAAUUAAGACUGUCUGAUUGCUCAGAGACUAGUUCUUUAACAUAUGGUUUGAAAAAGAGCUUUGUGAUCUGAAGAUGUGAUGUGAGAUGGGGCUAAUUGAAGUGCAUCAGUUUACAGAAACAUUUUGUCAUUAAAGGCUAUUCCAUUUUUUGUAAUUAUUUAUUACAUCUAGUUUUGUUCCCUUCUCCAUUUUGUUGGACCUCUGCAUUGGCUCCAGAACGCUGUUCAUAUUUAUUCUGUACCUAUUAAAGUCUGUUCUGCCAUUGUGUGCAAACCCCCUCCCAAUUCAUGUUCCCUCCGCUUACAUCGCGCUCAUUUUUGUGACAACUGUUUAUUUAUUACAAGACUUAGUCAUAUAUAAAUUUUCAAUAAAAGCCGAAUCUUUCUUA